AUGGACAAGUUUGACUAUUCGGACGUCAAAAGGGUCCCCAUUGAGCCAGAUGCAGAGACGGAACUCUGCGUUAUUCUAUACUCUAGCGAGUACAAGGAGCUUAUUGGGCUAUUUCUGGGUCUCAUGAAGGAAAACGAGCUUUCGGAACGGGCGCUGGCAGUUACGACGGCAGUUAUUGACGUUGUCCCGGCUUUGUAUACGGCUUGGAACUACCGUUUCGAGAUAUGCGUGUCGUUGUACAGCGACCAGAGCGAGCUGUGGGAGAAGGAGCUGGACUGGCUCGACGAAUUGACGUUGAAUAACCCGAAGAACUACCAAAUUUGGUCUUACAGACAGGCCUUGGUGCAGCAGCAUCCAUGUCCGAACUUUGUGCGGGAGCUCCCCAUUCUCGACCUCAUGAUCGAUGACGACACCAAGAACUACCAUGUGUGGUCGUACAGGAAGUGGAGUGUGCAGUUCUUCGACGUAUGGUCGCAUGAGCUGGAGUUUGUGAACAAGUACAUCGAUCGCGACGUGUACAACAACAGUGCGUGGACACACAGGGCGUUCUACUUCAAGAAUCAAGUCACGAAAGAAGAGCAGCACAAGGGCCUAGUGAAUACGGAAAUCGAGUAUGUAAAGGCGAAAAUAUCGCUGGCACCGCAGAAUGUCAGUCCCUGGAACUACUUGCGCUUCAUAUACCGCACUUUCAAGGACGACGAAUACGACUCUGGCAUCGUUGAGUUUGCGUCCAAAUUUGUACAAAAUGUGCUUGUGCUAGACGAAGGGAAUGACGAGUCAGCACCGGGAAAGGCCAGGGUCGACUCCACCUUCGCAUUAGAGUUGCUUGCGGAUGCCUAUGCCAAGAAUGACCCAGCAAAGUCCAAGGUUGCAUACACGGCCCUUGCUGACACCUGGGAUCCCAUCAGGAAAAACUACUGGAGUCUCAAGGCCAACCAGUUAGGAUAG